AGAAAAAUGGAAGUAAUUUCAACCAAGUUUAUUCUACUUGCUUUAGCUACAGUGGUCUUUCUAACAUCAAAUAGUAUGUGCCUAGAUGAAGCGAUGAAGUUCAGUCUGCAGAGUAGAGAAGAUGAUGAUGAUAAAUAUUACAAGGUAAGAUCCAUCUUGGAAGAAAAGCAGAGGAGUCUCAAUUUUGAAGAAAUGAAAGACUGGGGAUCAAAAAAUAGCAUUAAAAUGAACCCUCCUACAGUAAACAAGAUGCCAAAUUCAGUUGCUAAUUUACCUCUUAGGUUUGGAAGAAAUUACCCAGAAGAAAGAAGCGUUAAACCAUUUGCUAAUUUGCCUCUGAGAUUUGGGAGAGCUUUUGAACAGAACAUACCUAGGCGUGCUCCAAAGGUAUCACACAGGCUUGGGAGAUCUCCACUUGUUAGAAGUUCCAGUCAAGCACUUCUAAAUUUGCCACAGAGAUUUGGGAAGUCACUGUCUGUCAAUCUGUCUCAAGACAUUCAGGAACAUGAACCAGGGAUAUGAACUCUAAGAGUUUUGUUAAUACUGGAAUGAAAUCAUGAAGACAGAAUCUGAAAGACUUGAAAAAGCUGCAACAAGUUUUCAAAACUAAAGGUCAUGAAAAGGAAAUGUAUGACAACUGAAAUGCAAACCUGUCUUUGUGUUAUGAAGAACAUAUUUAUUCUGUACAAACCCUUGAUGUAUAAGGCAAUGAUAAUUGUAGUGACUGCUGUAGUAGUCCACUUCAGUGGCAGUGUAGUAUAAAUUCUAUUUACUUUUGUGCAACUUAUGUGCUGUUGAUUGUAAAACCUAAUU